AUGAAACCAAAAAAAACCUUUGAUUUAUAGAGAGUAACAGAAUUAGGUGAAAACAUCUUAAAAGCUUAAAAUACAAUGUUAGCUACAAAGAUUGAUUAAUUAAAAAAACAUAUUUAAGAAAUGAAAUCUGUAUAAAACAAUCCAAUAUAUCUAGUUGAUAGCUUACAGAAUAAAAAGACAAUGAGUAAAUUUAAUAAGAGGAGCUAAUACACUAUAAAAAAUUAUGUAAUCAGCUUUCUCGUAGAAUUCGAAUCAUUAUGGCUUAUAAUGAAGAAGCAAUACAAAAAAAGAUUAUCUAAGAUGAUUUACAAGAAGAAACCUUUGAAUGUUUAUGUGGUAGUAAUUAAAUUGACACAAUUAAAUAUUAUCUUGUGAAUGAAAACUAGAAAUAAUUAUUAUAGAUACCAUAAUUAUAAGAAUAGGUUUAGGAAGUAUAAGAAGAAUUUACAAAAUUUAAUCAAAUAUAAUAAAAGUAUAUAUAUUUAUAUCAAUUUUAGUGAUUAUAUUAAAUAGUUAAUUGAUGAGCAUUCAGAAGAGAAAUCUUAAUUACUACAUUAAAUAGAAGAGUUAAAAUUACAAUAAAAAUUAGUAGAAGAAUAAUUUUUUUAAACAACUCUAUUUGUUGAUUUGGUCCAAUAAAAUAAUUAUCUAACUUCUACAUUAUUUAAUGUUGAAGAUUAACUUGUCUAAGUACAUAGUAGUAUUAAAUUAAAAAGGCUUAAUUAAUGAAUAAUGAAUAAUAAGAGAAGUUUUAAAUAUAAAUAUAGCAGUUAUAAUCAGAAUGUGAAUAGAAAGUUAAAGAUCUUAUGAUAUAAUAAGAGAUUAUCAAAAUUGAAAUUAAAUAAACAGAUGAUUAAAUAUAAAAUAAAUAAGUCGAACAAUUAUAAUCAUAAAUGGAAAACUUUUCUAAAGUUAUAGAGGAAUUGAAAAUAGAAUUACAAUAAUGUAGAGAUAGAAAUAAAGAAACUAAUAAUAAUUUAUUAGAUGCAAUCAAUUAAAAAUAAUCCUUAUUAAAUUAAAAUAAUGAAUUGAAGUAAACUUUGAGUGUUUAUAAAAUAAUGUUAAAAGAAGAAAAGAUUGAAUAAGUGACUCUAAGAUAUGAAAACCAUAAAUAAAUUUUAUUUUAAAUAGAAUAAGAGUAUGUGAAUACAAAAUCAAAUGAUUUUAUUUAAAAAUUUAGAGAAUUUGUUGGAUAUGUAAAAAUGAGAGAUGAGAAAGUCAAAAGUUUAUAAUAAUUAUUGGAUAAAAAGACUAUUGAUUAAAAUAAUAUCAAAAAGGUACUAAUGAUGAUUAUCAUAGUAAAUCUAAUAACUUAUUGAUGAACUAGAUUACAAUUCAAAUUCUUUUAAUUGUCUCACAGAAACGAAUAAGAAUCUAAGUAAAUUAGUAAAUGAAACUUAGAAUAAUUUAAGCAGAGCUAUGUAAGAAAAAGCAGAUGAAAGAAUUAAAUAUGAAAUUGAAAAAGCUGUAAAGAUUAUUAUAUUAUCUAGUAAUUUAAUUAAAAAUGUUAGAUGGCAGAUGAAACUAUUAAAUCAUUACAAUAAUAAAAUGAACUUUAUAGAAAAUUGAUUACUAGUUUUGAGAAUGAAAGAUAGAGUAACAAAGAUACAAUAAGAUUAUUGUAAAAGCAAGAUACUGAUAAUAUACAAAAACUAUUAUAAAAAGAAUGGGAUAUAAAUAAAAUGAUUGAAGAAUGUAAGAUUAUUUAAGAAAGGGAGAAAUUGAGUGAUUCUAUUAAUGUGAAAUUUAUGAAAAAAGCAGAGAAAUCAAAGAGUAAAUUGAAAUAACUAAAAUUGUAAUUAAAAUCGUAAAUAUAUUAUAUAAAUUAAAGAGAAUCUAAGGAUACAUAAAGUGAUUUAUGGUCAUCAAUGAAAAUGAUGGUAGAUUGUUAAUAAUGUAAAAAGAGAGUUAAAUAAGUAAUUUUAAUGAAAUGUCUUCAUAUGUUUUGUAAACCUUGUAUAGAAGAUAAUUAAAGAAAUCGUAAUAGAGCUUGUCCUGUUUGUAGAACUAGAUAUGGAAUAGAAGAAGUUAGAUCAAUUAAAUUGAGUUGAU